AUGAGCAGCAAAAUGGAGAAGAGAACUGUAACAAAUACCGAAAAUGUACUAAAAAAUAACACAAAAAAUCCUCCAAAGAUGGAAAUGAAGUUGGCUGAACAGCAAAAAGAAAUGCUAGAGACCAAACUUGACUACGUCAAAGCGGAGGAAAAGGAUAAGGAAACUGUAGCAAAUACCGGAAGUACCAACGGACUCAAGAAGGAGCCAGAAAAUCCUCCAAAGAUGGAAAAGGAAUUGACUAAUCAGCCAAAUGAUAUAGUAAAGGCCAAGGUGGACUAUGUCAAAGCGAAACGAGGCAACCUUCCGGCUCUGCACUUUGCAGCCUUUAAGACGGAUGUUGAGGUUUGCCGUCAUCUCGUUGAACAGAAGGGUGUCGAUAUAAAUGAAUUAUGCAGUAAAAAUGGCGCUACUGCUCUGCACUACGCCGCCAUGAACGAACAUCGCGGAGAAGAUGUGAUCGACUACCUCCUUGAGAAGGGAUGUGACCUCGAAAAAACAGAUAGACAUGAAAAGAAGCCUGUAUUUUACGCCCUCAAAGUUGGAAAUUAUGAGCUUGCAAUCAAACUGUUCCACCUAUCACAAGAUCGUCGAAACCUUGAGAGUAGAACGAGCUUGCUAUGCUUUUCUCUAGAGAUGAACAACUUGGAAUUCGCUAAAUACGUCUCUAAGAACGAUGAGAUUUUAUGCAAGGAUCGAGAUUAUGAUCUUGAAGUUAUUCUGAAAGCAUGCAAGUAUGGAGAUUUAGCGAUCUGCAAGUGGCUGCAUGAAGAGGUCAAAAUACACUGUACGUGGAUUUGGGGAGACACAGUGAAAAACAAAAUUCUUUGUCAUGCAGCUUGGAACAGAUACUAUGCAAGAGAAAUCCUUCAAUAUCUGUUCUCAAGGUUCAAAUCCUCCACUGAUGAAAAAAGAAAUGCGUAUGGGAACGCUCUUGUGGCAAUUUUUCAAAGAAAUACGUUCAAUCCUGUAGGGGCAGAAAUGUUUCUUCAGUUGUUAGGUUGUAGUAAUGUUAGGUUCAAAAUAUCAGGAUUUACUUUGAUGCAUUACGCCGUGACAAGCAGUCUAGCCGCAGUGCAGUUUGUGUACGGAAAGGACAUACGCCUGAUCAACGUGGUCAGUGACGAUGGUGCUACUGUUCUCCAUAUCGCAGCAAUGUUGGGAAACGUGGACAUAUGCAUGUGGCUGAUCAAUCUCGGACAAGACAUCUACACUGCAAACAAAAACAAUCAUGGAACUUUCCUCCAUUACGCUGCUCAGAACGUGAGCUGCGGGGACUUGAUCAUUAAAAAAUUUGGACAUAAAGUGCUCAAAUUGUUAAACCGAGGCGACAAAUAUUCCUACACUCCCCUUCAUUGGGCCGUGAUCAACAAAAAUUAUGCAAUUGAAAUCUCUAGAACUUUGCUAAACUUUGGCGCCGAUUUGAGCGUGAAACGAGAAGGAAACAACUUCCUUCACUUUUGUAUCGCUCAGGGCAAUUUGGGAUGUGCCAAACUCAUACACGCCAAGAAUUCAAAUUUGAUCAAGAAAAAGGGUGAAGGAGGAAAAACCACACUGCACAUUGCUGCUGACAACUUCAAUGAAGAAAUCUGCGCAUGGCUGGUGAAAGAGGGGUGUGAUCCCCGAGAAUUGACCGUCGGAGGAAAAUCUGUGCUAGAAUCUACUUGCAGUGCGGACGCCAAGAAGUUUUUCCAAUCGGUGAUCACAACCAAGAAAUAG